UAUGAAAUUAAACCAAGCUACAUGUAGAUAUGGCUAAUGGACCACGCAGACCUGAAUCAGGCGCUGGAGACCGGGGAACUUAACCUGUCCGCAAGGCAGCUGCAAGGUGUCCCGGACCUUGUGUUUACAUGCUGUGGUCUCCACGUUCUAAACCUGUCAGCUAACAGCAUCAGUAGCUUGCCCAGCACGCUUGUGCAGCUGAGGUCGCUCACGGACCUGGACUUGUCCUUCAACCAGCUGCGGGAGUUGCCGGAGUGCUUGGGGGCGCUUACUGGUCUCGUCUCACUACGCGCCCAGUACAACCAGAUUGAACGUGUGCACCCAGGGGCUGUUUCCCGCCUGGGUGACUGCCUUGAAGAGCUGGUCCUCGCGGACAACUCGCUCUCCUGUCUGCCGCCGGAAAUAGGCUGCCUGAGCCGGCUGCGGCACCUGGAUCUGCGUUUCAACCCGCGCCUAGCCGGCCUGCCGCCGCAGCUUGGCCGCCUCGCGGGCAGUCUACUGCGGCUGGGGGUGGAGGGCUGCCCGCUUGGAGAGGCCGACACGGCAGGUGCCGAAGGGCAGCUGCACGAAUCCGGCAUCCGCCCUGCCUCGGCAACACCGGGCCGCAAGCAGUUGCAGCAGUUCUACCGGGUGCUGCAACAGGUGGCCGCGCAGGCAGAGGCGGAGGUGCAGGCCACGGGUGUACCGGCCCCAGGAGCAGCAGGUGGACGCGCCUGUCAGGCCCUCCAGGCGGUUCUGCAGCAUUUGCAAAGGGUAGGCGAGCUGACUGGACAGCGGCCUACUUCGGCGGCGGCAGCCAGGUCUCACGCGCACGUUAGUGGGGUGUGUGCAAAGCUGGCGGACGGGCCCAGCGGCGCUGCCCAGGUGCUAGGUGGCACCGUGCAUCCAGGCAUGGCAGCCACACAGGAUAAGGAUCUGGGGACACGGCCCAAGGAGAUGGCCUGCAGCAAGCCGUCACCUGCAAGCGCAAAUCAGGUCAGCAAGCGAGUGGAAGUACUGACACUCGGCAACACGGGCGUGGACGGCCAUGACCCUGCCUCGUUAAGGAGCGGCAGCGGGCGGAUGGCGCGGCCCGGGCACCUGCAGCCGCUUAACACACAGCUGGGGCCCGGGGUAGCGCACGCCGCUGCAGCAGCCACUGUCCCCCGCUCGCCGCUGACUGACUUGCGCAACAGUCAUGCGGACCUGGAGCUGUCGUAUGACGAUGACGACGAUGAAGGUGGCCGAGCGGGGGGCCCUGGCAUUAACAUUGUUGGCGACGGUGCAGGUGCAGCCCCUCCGCUGUCGCCUGGGCCUCUUUCCCCGGGCAUGUCGGGUGCUAUGGGCGACGGCACGAGCUCGGCCAUGUCGCGCGCGCUGGAGGAGUUGGCGGACCUGCCGCCCGCGGCGGCUGCAGCCAUGUAUCGCUCGCUGGACAUGGUGGCGGCAGGCGUGCAGGAAAUGCGGGAAGGGCGCCCCCUGUCGCGAGGCGGCACCGCAGCGACCCUGGGGCUGCCUGCUGGCAUGCCACGCCCAUCCAUCUCCUCGCAAGGACACCGCCGGCCAGGCAGCAGCUGGCUACGACCAGGCACCAGCGCCGGCAGCAGCAUGGGCCGAUACGGAGAGGCAUACCGGCCCGGCACAGCGUCAGCCUCUGCUGGCCAUACCAACACCGCGCAAGGACCUCGUCAGGUCUCCGCCAGUGCAGAGCCCUUGACGGGUGCCAUGGCUUUGUUAGCAUCGGCUGGGAUGGGGCAGUCACAUGGCAGUCGGGCUGGGGACGUGCGGAGACCUGCCAGCAGCGACGCCGCGGGGUCUUCGGCGGCACCAGCGGGAGGGGUUGACAGCUGUGGCUUGGCACUGGGGGCCAUGGCCCCCAUCACCUUCCCGCUGGCGUCUGGGGUGCGCGGCAUGCUACGAAACAGCAGUCGCGGCUCGUCUCGCGGCGGUCAGGAGGGCGGUUUAGUGGGCACACCUGUUGGUGACGCUUCGCCUGGAGCACGGCCUGCAGGUUUGCCGACCGGGCGCUCCGUGGGAGAAGAAGCAAAGUCCGCAACGCAAGGCCAAGGCGUGCACGUGCCUGUUGGGUCAGCUGGCUCGUGGUCCGGCAGGCCCGCUGGUGGUCCUGAUGGUGGUGACGGGGGCGGCAGUGGUGGUGGCAGUGACGCUGAUAGGCUAGGCGCGGCAUUGGACCAGCUGGACGUGGUGCGGCGACUACUGGCGGCGCGCAACCCACACCUGCUGGAGGCCCUGGACCAGGAGGUGUUCCUGGAGGGAGAGGAAGGGGCCGCGAAGGCUCCCGGAGAAGAGGCAACGUAGGCUUGACGCGUCAUUUCUGGCUAGGCAUGUGGCAAGCCCGUACAAGGUACUACGGUAGUUGUUGUUGUGUGUGGUUACAAGGUGGUGAGCACGACGUGCAUUCCUGUCCUUGUAGAAACCGAGGCCCGGGCCGGGGGGACCUUAUAACGCCUGCAACACUUAUAUAUGCAGCUAGUUUGGUCCCCGAAUGGGGGUGCUUCUGCUCCUGUGCUCCCAAAUGGAAUCUAGUAACGCGGCUAACCUGGCUGGGUCCGUAUUCUGCAUAACGGCCUGCAUCCCGCCUGUAAAAUCGAUCUCGC